AUGUCAACGCUAUCGCCGACCUUGGUCGGGAAAAGCUCCUUGUUCACGUCCAGCUCUAUGACCACGCUGCUCGGCUCGCCGUCCUCGGACGAGUUCCCCACGUUCUUGCCGUACAGCCGCUCGCACCGGUCGUACUUCUUGUCGUUUAUCUCGUCGAUCCUUGCGCCAGGACUGCGGCCGUCGCCUCUGGAAGGCAGGCCCACCACGUCUACUGGAACGGCCUCGCUCGACCAGCUCCUUGCCGGCCACGGCGGUCUCCCCAUGGGCACGUCGUUGAUGAUCGAGGAGCAGGGCACGACUGACUUCUCGGGCGUGCUCUUACGGUACUAUGCUGCCGAAGGGCUCGUGCAAGGCCACCAGGUGCAUGUGGUGGGCUUACCCGUGGAGUGGAGACAUCAGCUUCCUGGCGUGGCUGUUCCCGACGCCAAGUCAAAGGCGGCGCAACCGGCAGCUCCCGUCGAAGAUAGGAUGAAGAUUGCGUGGAGGUACGAGGCCUUGGGCAAUGCAUACAAUGCUGGGGCCUCUGCGGGCCGGGUCGACAGCAGCGCAGCUUCGGUUUUCUGUCACGCCUUUGAUCUGACCAAACGCCUUGCGUCGACUUCAUGCAAAGGGUCGCUAAAUUCUACUCCAAGCACCGGCCCGCCAACGCUCGACUCGGCUGCCUCCAGCACCGUCUCCCCAUUCGCUGCUAUCAUCAAACACCUGAGAUCCAAGCUGGAGGCGGCGCCUGCGACGGAAAUCCACCGCCUGGUUAUUCCGAGCCUUCUUCUGCCAAGCCUCUACGCUUCUCGAUGUUGCCAGCCGGCUGAAGUCCUGCAGUUCUUGCACGGACUGAGAGCCUUGCUUAGGCAAUACAGUGCCCAGCUCACGGCGCUCAUCACGCUUCCGACGUCGCUUUUCCCACGCGGCUCUGGCCUCGUCCGCUGGAUGGAGCUUCUCUCUGACGGCGUGGUCGAGCUGAUCCCUCUGCCCGCCAACCCUGGGGCGGCAGCGCCACCCACCUCCUCUAAGACAGACUCGAGAAACAGCGACCAGGCCCAGGGGCUCCUCAGAAUACACUCGCUGCCCGUGUACCAUGAGAAGGGCGGGGGCGGGGCCGAGACAAGCUCCUUCCGCGAGAACCUGUCGUUCAGCUUGAGCGCGUCGAGGGGGUUGGUCAUCAAGCCGUACAGCCUCCCGCCAAUGGAGGAUGACGACCACAAGGAGAAAUCGCCUGCAAGCACGAUUAAAGAUGGCAUUGAUUUUUGA